AUGUUCAGCCCACUCAACUUGACGGUCCUAACACUUAAUCGACCCGUGAAAAUCGAAAUACCGGAGGAAAGCCGCGUCUAUGAACUGGAAUCCGAUAUCUGCCUCACAAGUGAUGGUGGGUUCGCCUGCCCUGUGGUUUGCGAAGCUGAUUUUUGCUGGCUUACUCUGCAAAUUCCAGAAGACAUGGGCAUUAACUUUAUCAAAAUUUACUCCGGAACUGAACCACAUUUACAUGUAGGGGGAGUAUUCAGUGAAAAGACCGCCUUUGACGUAGAAGGGACAGACUUCUCCAAUUACCUGUACGGAUCAGGAAAAGAUCUUCUUGAAAUGGUCAAUGCCGACUUCAGCAGAGGGGAUCGUGUGCACUCUCAACGGCAUAGAGCAAACCCAUCUAAAGAUAUCCUCUGAGGAUGCUGGUACUCCUGCUCCCUCUUCCCUUGGUUUCGUUACACUACCGUCCUCAUAGGCCGAGUCGCCUCAAAAACUGAAGAAUUGACGCUUAAGGUAUGGCACUCAGACGCCAACCCUGCCAACAGGUAUCUGAACCUCCCUGCGGCCUACAAUGUCCUACUUCAUUACGUGAGUAAAGGACAGGACACGGUAAAUGCGAAGUCAGGACUUUCAGACGAAGACGGCACUGUGACGAAACCACCGGAAGAGGGAGCAGGAUUACCAGGAUCCUCUACCAUGGGGGCGAAACAGAACACCUAUUGCAGGGGGUUAAAUGGAUCUUCAUUGAAAACUGUGGAAAUGGCGGUGUCGCAGAAAACGAAACGCUUGGAUGCAGCUGUGUGCAAAGUUAGAGACGGAAACGGUUGGGACUUCCAAGAACAAUUUGUCUUCUGGUUAGACUUUGUGGAGUUUAAGCCGGAUUACUACAUGAUGAACAAGAUGAUCCAGGAAGGAACGGAUGCCCCAGUUUUUCUGAGCUGGUCAAUCACUACUCCGACAAAUGGCACCUCAAAGUCUUAUAUUCAGCAGGGUUCGGAGGGUUUUGAAUUUACGAUAACGCGACAGAUCUAUAAUGACACCCCAGCGGCAAUUUACUGUUACAUCGGCAGAAAGGUUCAAGCCAAGACCAUCAGUGUGUUGGGUAAGUCUACGGCCCUCUUAUUCAUUGCUACCGUCUAA